AUGAAGUCCUUCACCAUCGCCGCCGCCGCCGCCGCCGUGUUGUUCGGCCAGCAUGUUGCCGCACACGCCACCUUCCAGGCCCUCUGGGUUGAUGGAACUGACAUGAUAAGCCAGUGUGUCCGUAACCCCCUGUCGAACUCGCCAGUCACCGAUGUUACUUCCAAGGACGUGAGGUGCAAUGUCAACUCGGGCCCCGUGAAUAAGAAGUGCCCCGUCAAGGCCGGAUCAACAGUCACAGUUGAGAUGCACCAGCAACCCAACGACCGCACCUGCGGCAGCGAGGCCAUCGGCGGGGCCCACUACGGCCCCCUGAUGGUGUACAUGUCCAAGGUGCCGGACUCGUCCACAGCCGACGGUUCCACAGGCUGGUUCAAGGUGUUCCAGGACUCAUGGAAGAAGAACCCGUCGGGCGGAUCGGGCGACGACGACUACUGGGGCACCAAGGACCUCAACACGUGCUGCGGCAAGAUGAACGUCGUCAUCCCCUCCGACAUCGCCCCGGGCGACUACCUCCUCCGCGCCGAGGUCAUCGCCCUCCACACCGCGGGUUCCUCGGGCGGCGCACAGCUGUACAUGUCCUGCUACCAGCUGACUGUCAGCGGCUCGGGAUCCGCCCAGCCCGCCACCGUCAGCUUCCCCGGCGCCUACAAGGCCAGCGACCCGGGCAUCCUCGUCAACAUCCACGCCGCCCUCUCCACCUACGUCGCGCCCGGCCCGGCCGUCUACGCCGGCGGGAAGACCAGGGAGGCCGGAUCCGCAUGCACCGGCUGCGAGUCCACCUGCAAGGCUGGCUCCGGCCCGACUUCUAGCGUGUCGAGCGCCCCGCAGCCCACCGGCGGGAAUGGCGGCACCAACCCCCCCGGCAAUGGCGGCGGCUCGCCGCCUGCCUGCCAGGUUGCGAAGUAUCAGCAGUGCGGCGGGACUGGCUACACGGGAUGCACGACUUGCGCGUCGGGCUCCACUUGCAGCGCUGUGUCGCCUCCUUACUACUACCAAUGCGUCUAG